AUGCUCAUCCGGCCUCAGGGGGGCCACAUCGUGCGGCUGGAGUUCAAGCGGCGCCUCGAGAAGGACGCCGACGCCCGAGGGGCGCGGCCGGUGCCGGAGACGAACGGGGGACUGGAGUAUUUUCUGGACAUCGAAGCUCGGAAGCUUGAGUUCAAGAAUCCAGAUCGCGAGGUUGGCCUUGAGGUUCCAGUAAGGAAAUACACUCAAAGGUUUGUCAAGGGCUGUCAGAAGAGGAGGGAGAUGGAGGAUAGAUUAAUUGAGCUGGAAGUGAUACAGAAAGUUUUGCUUAGAGGGUACAGAAUAGCUCGAUAUGUUGAUCAACUGAGGUGUUGGGUUGCUCAUUCAUAUGUUGUGUGGCUUAUUCUGCAGAAAGAAGCUGCAGCUUUCAUGGAGAAUGUCCGUUCAACUGUUCUGAAGUAUAUCACGAUAUGA